AUGUCUAUGCCAAGGAUGUGUUCAUUACCAUCUAGCAGUGGUAGUGCCAACAGUACUAGUGUUAGUACCGGAGACAAAGAAAAGCAGCGUUUUGCGGUUGCAUCAGCAACAAUGGCAUUUCCCGGACUGCCAUUUAUGGCUGCAGCAUUUCCCGCAAUUACUCCUACUACUACCGGUAGUUCUGUCUUUCCUAAUCAUAUGGCUGCUCAACUGUCACUGUUUAAUCCGCAUUUGCAACAGUACUACGCAAAUUUUUUACAUCAACAACAAAUUCUGCAGAGUUUACAAAACCAUUCUCCACAAUCCCGAGCAGGUCCAUUUUUCUCUGCAUUAAUACUUUCAAAGAUUGUCUACAAAUAA